AUUUUUUUUGUUGAAUAUUCACAAAGCCCUAGUGCCACUUUUUCCAUUGGUCAGUUGCUGAGUAAGGCUUGUCGUGGCAUCUUAGAUUAUACUACCAGAAAUUAUCUUAUAUAAAGACCAAGGGAGCUAAGGUUGAGUAAUCAAAUAAUACGCUUGUCAUCGAAUGGCCCUUCAACUGUAUCAAGUUUUUUCCCAAACUUUCUUUUCAGUAUACAAAUCAAAGCAAAAGCUCCCACAAAUUAUUAUAAAGCCAAAUAGCAGAUUUUAUCCUUCAAUAAACUGUACGAACAAGAACAAUGGUUCACAUGAGAAUAUUCCCUUACCAGUUUACCAGCCAACUAUUUGGACUCAUAACUUUAUCGAGGCCUUAGAUGUCAAUUUCCCGAUCAACUCAAUGGUGGAGAUGAAGGAGCUAGAGAAGAAAGGAAUGGAAUUGAAUUUUGAUUUCGAUAAUGGUGAUUUAAGUAUCUUGCAAUUGCUUGAACAAAUAGAUGAUAUCGAAAGGUUGGGCCUUGACUAUCGGUUUCAAAAUGAUAUAAGGAGAGCACUAAAUAUUAUCGCAUCAGUAAAUGAAAAUAACAUUGGACAUGAAGAAAAAGAAGGUAGUCUUCAUGCAGCGUCUCUUAGGUUCAGGCUUCUUAGGAAGCAUGGUUAUAAUGUGUCUCAAGAUUUUCUUUUAAGAUUCAAGGAUAGUCAUGGUGGCUUCAUGCGGUGUCUAAUGACAGAUGUCAAGGGAUUGCUAAGUCUAUAUGAAGCUUCAUAUCUUUCUUUUGAGUACGAAAGCGAUUUGCAUGAGGCCAAGUUAUUUGCAACGAAACAUUUGCUGAAACUUAAGUGUCAAGCAUUUGAAGCUCGUGAAGACAUAAAUCAUGCAUUGGAACUCCCCUUAUAUCGUACGAUGCUUAGAUUACAAGCAAGGUGGUACAUCGAUGCAUACAGUAAACGAAAAGAUGCAAACAUGCUUCUGUUAGAGCUUGCAACAUCGGAUUACAACAUGGUUCAAUCGGAAUUCAAGAAAGAGCUUCAAGAAGUAUCAAAAUGGUGGAAAAAUAUAGGCCUAGCAAGCAAGCUAAGCUUCGUUAGGGAUCGACUCGUGGAAUGCUUCUUUUGGUCAGUUGGAGUGAUAUUUGAGCCUCAAUAUAAAUCUUGCCGUGUAGAGCUUACAAAAGUUUAUGCUGUCAAGAGGUGGGACAUUAAUGCAGUGAAACAUAUGCCCGAGUACUUACAACUAUGCUUUCGCACUCUUUACAACACCAUUAUUGAAAUAGGUUCUAAGACCUCGAUUGCACAAGGCGAAGACAUCAUACCAGUCCUAGUGAAAGUGUGGGGAGAAUUACUUGAAGCAUUUUUGUUGGAAGCAAAGUGGACUCAUAACAAAUACAUUCCAACACUUCAAGAAUAUAUGGAUAAUGCAUGGCGAUCAGUCUCGGGAGUGGUUAUACUUACUCAUGGUUACUUUUUAAUAAAUAAAGAAUUCAAGAAAGAUAUAGUUGAGAAUAUGGAGAAAUAUAACGAUCUUUUGAAAUGGUCAUCAAUUGUUUUUAGACUUUGCAAUGAUUUGGGUACUUCAUCGGAUGAGAUAGCUAGAGGGAAAACUGCAAAUGCAAUAUCAUGUUACAUGCAUGAGAGUGGUGUGUGUGAGAAAGUUGCCCGUACAUAUAUAAAAACUUUAAUCGACCAAGCAUGGAGGGAAAUGAUCAAAGCCCGAGUGGCUUGUUCUCAAGAGUUAACAGAUCCUUUCAUUGAUAUGGCCAUUAAUCUCUCUCGAAUUUCACAUUGUGUAUACCAACACGGAGAUGGACAUGGAGCUCCCGAUGCUCGAGCCAAAGAGCGAGUCUUAUAUGUGAUUCUUGACUCCAUUCCAAUUAAGGAUAAUUAGGAGUUUUCUACAAAACUAUAGUUUGUUUUUUUUUCUUUUAAAUUUUAUUUAUUUAUUAUUAUUUUUUAUCGCAAAAGUGGUGCUGUUUUGAUAACCUUAUGUACAAACGGGGUUAUUUCAACAAUUAGGGUAUAUAUUUUCUUUGCUUGUUUAAAAGUUGCAUGAAUAGUCCUUAUAUGUUAGGGUUUCCACCCUUAUCUUAUAUAACAACUUAUAAUUUUUUUUUAAACUAUUGUUUUUUUAAAUAAUUCUCAUAUCCUCAAU